AUAGGAUGAAAAAUUAGUUGGAUGGGUUGCUCCAAAACAGUUAAUGCAAUUACUAUCUCACUUGGGCUUUUCUAGUUUCUCUAUAAAUAGAAACGUUCCUUGAGAAGCUUAUUAUCAUAAACAAAUUCCCUCAUCAAGUCAUAUACUUAAAUAAUAAUAAUAAUAAAGUUUGUUUAAUUAGAAGAUGGGAUUGAGUGGUGCUCUUCAUGUGGAGGUUGAGGUUAAGUCUCCGGCUGAAAAUUUCUGGCUAGCCCUCGGCGAUGGCGUCAAUCUCCUUCCAAGAGAGUUUCCUAAGGACUACAAAACCAUCCAAAUUCUUGCAGGCGAUGGCAACGCUCCUGGCUCCAUUCGCCUCAUUACUUAUGGAGAAGGAUCUCCACUGGUGAAGAUAUCGGCAGAGAGGAUCGAAUCCGUGGAUUUGGAGAAGAGAAGCAUGACGUACAGCAUCAUCGGUGGCGAAAUGUUGGAAUACUACAAAACCUUCAAAGGAACUAUCACCAUUACGCCUAAGGACGGUGGCAGUAUUUUGAAAUGGUCCGCUGAGUUUGAGAAGAGUGGCCAUGAGAUCGACGACCCACACGUCAUCAAGGACUUUGCUGUCAAGAACUUCAAAGAGAUCGAUGAGUAUCUCCUGAAGCAAUCUAGCGUCUGAAACUAGCAUCUUCAAUAAAUAUUUAAGAUGGUUCGAAUAUCAUCUAUGAAGUUUUAUCGUAUUAAGAAGUUAAAUAAAGUGGAACCUCCUUUUGAAUUAUCUACUCUUUAUAAAUUUAUUGGAGAAAUAUGAACUUGUCUUUCAAGAUACGUAUAUGCAUAAUAUAGCUCGGUGGUGCAUCAUUUGACCCACGAUUUAGACAAUGCAACAGAGGUUUCUGAGAAGAGGUUUUCAUGAAUAUCACACCUAUGCAUUGCCUCAAAUGAUUCAUCG